AAUUGCUUAACGUAUACUUAUUAUUUUGUACGGAAUGAAACUAUUCAAGAGUUUGUUCUUUUUAUUACUGUUUUUCGUGAGCUUAUAUGCAGAAAAUGGAUUUAAUUGUUAUUCAUGCCAAGGAGGAUUUACAACCCCAUGUGCCUUAAUUCUUCCUGCCGGAGUAUGGGAAUAUUGUACUGGAAAAAAUGCUCAAUGUUUCGAAUCUAUAGAAUUUUUCCAAGGCAGUGCUAUUAAAUAUGUCGAAAGGCGUUGUUGGGUUCCUCCAGCAGGAAGCAACCAAACGGAUUACUGUAAAUCAUGGAAUAAUCCAAAUGGUGAACAGAUUUAUUGCAGGUCAUGUAAAGGUGAUAAGUGUAAUGGAAACAAAUUCAAUCCCAAUUAUGACAAUGGAAAGAAUUCAUGGUUUAUAAAUUCUUCUAACUGUCAUUCAAAAGCCCAUUAAUAGAAUAUAAUUGUAAUAUAUGUAUGUAUAAUUAUAAUUAUAAACAUUUUCAAAAAUAUAAUUGUCAAAUGAAAUGUAUCGGAAACAACAACGCAUUAAUAAAGUAAAUAUGGUGUAAGGUA